AUGCCACACCAUACAUCCCAAACCUUCUUGUUCGCUACCCUCCCAUCCUCGACGUCUACUCCUGUGACACCUUCCCGCAAGCAGAGCUUCGGUAGUGUCUACAGCAGCCGCAGCGCCAGCAUCAUUAGCAGUGUCGGCACGAUCGGCUCCAUCGCUAGCCAUAACGGCGGCGGCAGCAGCCAUUCCUUCUAUAACCUCUCCAAGGACAGCAACAGGAGCAAUCUCGACCUGCCGCUUCCUCUUCGUCAUUCCACGUAUCCGGUUCUGUACAGCCAUGCCAAUUACUCGAAUCUCAGCAUCAGUCAACAUAACACAUCGGGACACAGCAUCUACAGCUCGAACUCUAAUGCGAGCUCCUGCUUCAGCUUCGCCUCGUCCCAGAACUCUGUCUCAGUAGACCAAGUUCACCACGCCUUCGGGUCCUUGCCUCCUCCUUGUCCUCCUCCUGCCUCCAUCUUUUCUGCUUCUUCUUCUUCUCUGCCUCUCGCUGCCUCUGUCAAUAUCCCCAUCAACACACCUACUCCCAAAGCAACAAAGUCACUUUCCUCCUCUUCCGCUUCCUCCCUGUCCUCUAGACAUCGCAACUCUCCCAAAUCCCCUUAUCAACAGCAGCAGCAAAACAGCCCCAAAGUCUUUCCAACACCCUCUCACCACGCCUCCUUGUCACCAUCCUCCUCGUCGACCGAUCUAUCUUUGCCUCACACUCCUUCUCCACCUCCUCAAUCACGUUCUCCUUCUCUCCGCACUUUGCUGCUCCCCUCUGCCGCUGCCAUCGGUGCGCUCCCACCCCGCAAACGAAUCUCAAACACUAUCCCCCCUUUGAAUACAAAGUCCCUUGUUCAGCCUGCAACGCUAUCACCCUCAUUCCUCUCCAGCCGUUCGACCACCAUGAGCUCCACCUCUCCCAGCUGUGAAUCGCCAGCCUUUGGAAGCACCUACUCCGAUGCCUCCAGUGCUUAUGGAUCGACUCCAUCGACCCCGACCCAUUCGCGUCCCUUUAUCUCCAUGGCCAUCACGGAGUUGGUGAUUUCUGAAGCCCACUACCUUGCCGCUGUCAACCGAAUCGGUAAUGCUUUGAGCCAGGCGGCUGAGGCCAAUUCUGCCGCAGGCCACAAAGAGAGCUCUACUCUCCGAUCUGUCAGCGUUCGAUGGGCUGAAUUGACCAGAAUGCAAACCAAGUUCCACGAUGAUGUGGUGGCCGUCAAUGAAGACCUCCGUGAGACUGCCGGACUCUUGAAUAGCCUCUUGGUGACUCUGGAGCCCAUCCUGAUUGACCACAGCCGGGACCUGUCCAUCUCCUUGAAAAAGCUAAUCCGUCGCGAUCAGAAGUCAGAGCACACGGCUGCCAAAUGGGAGUCUGCCCUUCGCCAGCCUCUGGACCAUUUGUCGAGCUAUGAGGAGUGGCUCCUGCGCAUCGAUCCCCAGCUCAAGUUCUGCAAGGACUACCAUACCCAUCUCCAAGGACUGAUCUACAAAACCAAGAUGGUCGCAGACGCCAACCAACACCCACGCAACAUGCUCCGUCGUCUGAGCACCAUGGCACGCGAUGUCAUCAAACGUCGCUCCUCCGUCCAACUGCUCACCCAAGGCCCCCUCUCCGAGACCACAACUCCUACUACCCCCCACUCUGCCUCGACCCUUGACUCGAGAUACUCCGAAAAGUCGGAAGCUUCAACCAGCUGGCCUACCACUCCUAACUCCAUCCCUAUGACGCCUGACAACACCGUGAUGGUUCUGGGUAUUGCCAAUAACGACUUGACGAUCGACACUGUAACGAAACCAGCUUCGACUACUACCUCAGAAACGAAAUCUCCUUUGGAGAAGGGUCUCCCCAACAUCCCCUCCGACACUUCCUUCUCACAAUCUCAACCUUCCUCCCCUCAGGAACCCGCCACACCUAUCGCUGACACCUUCCUGGUACCCCCGCAGGUCAAGCAGUUGCAUCACUGCCCCUCCUCCGCCUCCGAGUUGAGUAGCACCACCACCUUGGCCAUCCCUUCUUCAUCAUCCCUCACCUCAUCUUCGACCUCGGUUCACUCCAAGAACUCCUCCUCUUCCGCAGAAACCAUCAUCCAAGUCCAGAUUCAAGAACAAAUCCACCUCCGCUCCAACACUUCGAACGCUACCUUGACGCGCCAAAAGUUCUUGGACGACAAGGAGGCCCGCAAGGCUACCCUUCGAGUAGGCACAAGUGAUACCAUCCAAGCCAGGGCUCAGAGCUUGCAGUCCCCCUCGUAUAACUCACGGGCAUCGGCUGAGAGCUUGAGAAAGGUCUCGCCUACAAAGCCUGAGGCUGAGAAGCCCCCUGUCAAGUCGCUGAUUAACUUCUGGGAGCAGGUCAAUGAUCCUCUGGAGGUCUAG